ACAUUCAAGGUUUUUUCAUGUGAUGAACAAAGUCAAACUCAAAGUACGAAAAUAGAAGUGUGUAAAUUAGUUUGAGACAAUGGCAGAUUAUAGCGAGAUGAUGGAAGGUCUUCGCAAAGCAUUCAAGAGUGGUGUGACAAAAUCAUAUGAAUGGCGGAGAAAACAGCUUGAGGGAGUGCUCUCAUUUCUGGAUGAUAACAGAGACAAAAUUUGUCAGGCUCUGAAGGAGGAUUUACAUAAGCCCACAUUAGAAUCAGCUGUGUUUGAAAUUGAUUUCACUAGAAAUGACUUGAUUGAAACAAUGAAUAACCUAAAAGAUUGGAUGAAGCCAGAAAAGGCAAAGAGACCAUUACUGAACAUUAUGGACACUGCUUACAUACAGAGGGAGCCGUACGGAGUGGCCUUGGUGAUUGGGGCCUGGAAUUACCCCAUUCAGAUAACUGUCCUCCCCGUCCUGGGGGCUCUGGCAGCGGGGAACUGUGUUGUCCUGAAACCCUCCGAGAUGGCAGCCUCCACAGCCAAGCUCCUGGAGGAAGAUCUGCCCAGAUACCUAGAUAAAGACUGUGUUAAAGUUGUGAAUGGUGGAGUUCCAGAGACCACAGCUCUACUGAAGGAGAAGUUUGACUAUAUCUUCUACACAGGAAACACAAUGGUGGGCAAGAUUGUCAUGAAGGCUGCAGCAGAGCACCUGACACCAGUGACACUGGAGCUGGGAGGAAAAAGCCCUGUUUACGUUGAUGAGAACAGUGACCUGAGUCUGGUGGCACGGAGAGUAUCCUGGGGAAAACUGGCCAACUGUGGACAGACCUGCAUCGCCCCAGAUUACGUCAUGUGUAAAAAAGAUAUACAGGACAGACUGGUUGAGGAAUGUAAGAAGGCUGUGGAUGAAUUCUAUCCAAAUACGGGAAAAUGUGAAGAUUACGGGAGAAUCAUUAAUGAAAGACAUCUCAGACGUAUUAAGAAGCUGAUUGAUGGAUCUGGGAAGGUGGCCCUGGGAGGAGAAGUUGACGAGGAACAGAAAUACAUCUCCCCCACGAUCCUCACCGACGUCAAAGCCACCGACCCUGUCAUGCAGGAGGAGAUAUUUGGUCCAGUUCUUCCAAUUAUGUCUGUUAACAGUGAUGAAGAAGCCAUUAAUUACAUCAACAAAGGAGAAAAGCCCUUAGCUAUGUAUGUUUUUUCAAAGGACCACACAGUGGCUGAAAAGUUCUUACAGAACACAAGUAGUGGAGGGUUUGUCUUCAAUGACACCAUGAUGCAUGCUGGGUUGAUGUCCCUGCCAUUUGGAGGCGUUGGCUCCAGUGGUAUAGGUUCCUAUCAUGGAUUCCGUACCUUUGAUACCUUCAGCCACAAAAGAGCAGUUUUGGAAAGGAAACAUGGCGGUGAAGCAAUGCAAUCAAUUCGGUACCCUCCAUAUUCAGAGAAAAAAGGGAGCAUUGUUUCAUGGAUCAUGAGGAAAUCACCCAAAAAAUCUGGUUUACGAACCUUGAUUCCCUAUUUCUUGUUCGGAACUAUUUUUGCUGUACUAUUCAAGACUUAUGGACUUCACAAUAAACUUCCAUCUCUGCAUUAAAAGUUAAAAAUUCUCUCAGCUAUCUCUUUACAUGACAUGUUUUCAUAAGAAUGAAAAAAAAAAACAUAUACGUACUUUGACUUUAUCAUAAUAUAUGUACUACUAAAUUGUGUACACAUUUAGCUAAAAGUAUUUUUGAGUAAAAAUAUUUUAUAUAUCUCUGUGAUACUUUCUGAAAUAUGUUGAAAGUAUUGAACUUUUAAAUAACAUCCAAUAUUUGUAUAAUUGGAGAAAAAAUAUAUGUAUGCUUCUAUGCACAUACUCUGAUUCUGAUUAGGAUAAACUACAUGUAGUAUUUUUGUUGAUUAAUACAUCAUUUUGUGUAUUUUUAUUUAUUGAUUUUGCAUGUAUUUUUUUCAUGAUUCAUAUUAAUAUGAUGCUUAUAGUUAUAUUUGAUGGCUGUCAAAACUAGUAAAUUUUGUUUUUGAAUAAUGUAUCAUGAUGCAAGAUAUAUUAGGCAUUAGGUCUGAGGAACUGAAAACAUGAUUUCAAUAUUUGUUCAGUUUUUGCCUCUAGUAAAUUAUUUAAAAUUAUGUUUUGAUCCCAAAUGAAUUUUAAAAAAAGAAAACAGAAUGAAACAAAUCAUUGGUAGAUUGGCACCUCCUAUGUCACUAUAGAUGAUGUUAACAUUCAAUGUCCAAAAUGUAAAGUCAUUUUUACUUAAAUAUCAAAUUGUAUGUGCAGAUUAUGGACAUCAGAAACCAUUGUCACUUUUCAUGUAUUAUACAUGUAUUUCAAAUGCUGGAGUUACUUCCCUAUAGUAAUUUGGCAGGAAAAUGCUAUUUUUAGAAAUUAUAUACCCAUACCUAUCAAAAGAGUAUAUGACUAUUAUGAGAUGAGAUGUAUGCCUUACCAUGCAUCAUUUUGUGGUCAACUGUACAUCUAAAGAUACCUUAAUAAAUAUUUUGGAUAAGAUAAGAUGAAUCCUUUCUUGUAUUAGUGUUACAGUGAGCAGCUCAAACUGAUGACAAUCGUCACAUUCUAUUAAUCGACCACUCUCUACUAUUUCAAGUCCUGAUCAUGUCUAAUAACUUCUUUCUGGGCAUUAGCCAUUAAUUAUAAGCCUUAAACAGUAUUGUAUAAGAAACCACUUGCUUCAUUCUUUGAGCAACACACAUUACAUACAUAUAUAUGUGUAAAAUAGUAAAUUUUGAACCUCUGACAAUUUUGAGUAAGGCAGGCUACUUUUUUUUUUUAUCUGAGUAUCAUCGUCUGUAUAAGCAGAAUUUUUAGCGAGGAUUUAAUUUUGGCAUGAUUAGUGAGGGUGGUGAGAUCGCUAAAAUUGAAUUUCGCAAAAAAUUAAUUGCGUUUUAAUUAUAAUGGCUUCUUUAGUGAGCUUUUUAAUAUCGCUAAAAUUACUUCUUGCUAAAUAUAAAAUUCUCAUUUUUAAGGACAAAUCGCUAAUUUAGCGUCUCGCUAAAAUUUCCACUUAUACGGUAUAUCUUUAAUUGGCUUUUAUAAAUAAAUUUAUUUGAUUUCAUAAGUAUCAUCGGAAAUGUCAUUUAUAAAUUUACUUUAUUAAUGUAUUUAAAGAUGAUUUUCAUACAUUGUUUAGAGCUUCGGAAUAUUCCUAUAUUUCACAUAACAUGUAUUUAUUUUUUUCCCCUUACUCCUCAGUAUUUUACAUUUGUACAUAAAAUAGGUUUUUGAAAAUGGCCACUACAUGAAAAUGAAUUUACUGUACCUCAUAUGUCUGUGUAAUUAUGUGGAAUUAUAAGAAUUGUUGAUGAAAUAAAUAUUGAAGGAU